CACGACACUCCGCACUCUCCCCCCAGCCUGCCCACACACCUCCACCCCGCCCUCCGCCCACCCACAACCCUCCACUUCACCCUCUGCGUCCUCGACCUCCGCGACCCCAUCCGCCUCUCCACCGCCCUCUCCAUCCUACGAACCCUCGACAUCCCCCUCCUCUGGGCCAUCGCACAGGGCCCUCCCGCCGCUGGGGGACAACUCCAGAAAGACGUGCGCGUCACGCUGAAGGGGUUGAUGGCGACGAGGGACCCAGGGAGCACGAGCGUGAUUUAUGCGCCGCCGGUGGAUGAGACGAGAGCACUCCAGCGAUUCGGGGAGUUAGUCCGCUCGCAUUUUGCGUGUUUGAUCGGGCCGCCUCCUACGCCUCCUCCUACGCCCCCAGGAGCAACAGGGCCAGCACGGCAAGAGACUGUUAUGCCGCCGCUGCCGAGGCCGUUGCCGAGGCUGUUGCUGCAUGCGACGGUGUUUAAUACGGUAUAUGUACCUGGGAGGAGUAGGAGGGAUAGGCAGCGGGUGGAGAUUGAUGCGAGGGCGCUGAUUGAGGCGUUUGGGGAGAUGGUGUGGAUGGAGAAUAUUAGGGUGGAGGAGCUGGUGUUGUGUAGAAUGGGGGCGAAGGAGGUGGAGGGAGUGGAGAGGUAUGUGGCGGAAGGGACGGUGGGGAUGCCUUAGUUGGAUUGUAAGGUGGGCGGUGCAAAAUCUCCUUCUUCGUACAGCCCGAAUUCUACUUUCUACCUGUUGACCUCCCUGGCAACUCUGAGAGGGAGACAAUGCUUAAAUCUUAGAGAUCGCGGUGCACGAGACGUUCGCAAAGGAUGCGCUUAAAGACAUCCAGAAGCUCGCGGGGGCAGUGAAUGCAGAUGACGGCAGAGCGACGGAGAGUUCAAGCGGUUGUGCAAACGCGGAGUCAGUGUCCACCUACGAGCGAAGCGAGUAGGUGGCGAAAGCGAGUUGGGUAUGCGAAAGCGAGUUUGGGUAUGCAUCAAUAUGAUAUACAUAUCUAUGAAUCAACGAGGUAAUAGCGUAGUAUUGAUAGAUAACUACCUGAACAAUACAAAAUUAACAGAG